AUGGACCCCUCCCACAAACCCUCAGAUCGCACAGCCAACCGCCUCGCGCUCUACCAGCAACACCUCUCCGCCCCGCACUCCAACCCACCCACGAUGGCCGCCCGCGACCCCAUUACCUGCCACUGUCUAAACACACUGACCGGCACACCCGCCGCGAACCUCCCCGUCACAUUGACGCUUCUGUCUACCCCCGCAGGACCGUCCAGCCCCACCACCUUCCACGCUACCACUAACGCCGACGGCCGCGUCGCGAAAUGGACACCUGCGAACGGUGCAACUGCAUCUUCUGUCCCGGAUAUUUUGGCUGCGCUGCCGGCUGCGGAGAGCAAGACGAACUGGUCUGUGCGCUUUGACGUUGGACCUUGGUAUGAGGCGCAGGGGAUUGAGAGCUUCUGGCCCGAGGUUGAGGUGAAAUUUACAGUGAAGGGUCGGGGACGUGAUGGAGAGGAGGGUUGGCGUCAUUAUCAUGUACCUGUUUUGCUCGGGCCUUGGAAUUAUUCGACUUAUCGAGGAUCUUAA